CAGUUUAGCAUCUUCCUAUAUUAAGCAAAGACAUGUCGGAGGGUAGAUAAACCAUAAUGUCUGAAUUCAAUAUGAAUCAAAAACAACAGAAGCAUUUUGUUCUGGUUCAUGGUCUUUGCGUUGGAGCAUGGUGUUGGUACAAACUAAAACCACAAUUAGAAUCUAUUGGUCACAAAGUCACAACACUUGACCUUGCAGCUUGUGGCACCAACACGCAAAAAAUAGAAGAUGUUCAUACUUUUGCAGACUAUUCUAAGCCUUUGUUAGAGUUAUUGGCCUCACUUGAUCCAAAUGAAAAAGUUGUUCUUGUAGGACAUAGCUUUGGUGGAAUGAGUAUAGCUCUUGCAAUGGAAAAAUUCCCAGAAAAAAUUGCUGUUGGGAUUUUCAUAGCAGCUUUUAUUCCUGAUACUCUACAUCAACCAUCAUAUGUACUUCAACAGUAUAUUGAAAGAUACCCAGUGAGUGGAUGGUUAGACACUGAGUUUUCAUUUGAUGAAAGCAAAAUGAAUGUGCUUGUUGGCAUCAACUUCUUGUCCACUAAAUUCUUUCAACUAUGCUCCAGAGAGGAUUUGGAAUUAAUGAAGAUUUUAAGAAGGAGAGGGUCACUUUUUAUCGAAGAUCUAUUGGAGGUAGAGAAUCUUUCCAGAGAGAGAUAUGAAUCGGUUCCAGGGGCUUAUAUUAUUGCCAAUAAGGACUUGGCAAUUCCAGAAGAUUAUCAAAAAUGGAUGAUCCAAAAUGCUGGAAUUGAUGUUGUUAAAGUGAUUAAUGAAGCGGAUCAUAUGGCUAUGCUUUCUAAACCUCAAGAACUUUGUUUGUCUCUCGUUGAGAUUGCUAAUAAACAUGUAAUUUAAGUAAUAGUAUAAUGUAGUAAAUUAAAUAAUGUUGUCCUAAGAGACUCUUAGUUAAUUAUUAAGUAAAAUUGAGAAUAGGGAGACUAGGGCAAGUUGGCAAGUUACAUGACAGCUGAUAUUGCUUAACAAGGAAAAAAAGGAGGUGCUCUAGGCAAAAAAUUGACAAUUGGUCUAGAGAGUCUAUCUUUCUAAAGCCUAUAAAUAGGGGAGUCAAUUUAAGUCUAAAGGGAGUUUCGGUGGAUUCAAGGUAGUAAAGAAAAAGAAUAUGUUCACCUUAAAUCUCAACACGGGAGAAUAAGAAGAGGAAGAUCUAAGGUGGAAGUGUUGCUCGAGGGAUCGCUGCAGAUGUUGUUCAACCUCUUUCUUUUAGAAUUCGAAUGUAAAACUAUGAUGAGUAAGCAUAGCUAAUUCUCUUGUUGGAGUUUGGUGUAGUCAUUAGUAUACUCAUGUAGUAGUAUUAAUUAUGAUCAUGAUAUUUUAUGUAAUUCUACUUAACCUUUAAUAUUGAUGAUUCUUCGUUCUUAA